AUGGAGCCGGGACUGCCGCCUGUAGACGAGCUCCAUAGGUUGACCAAACUCUUUUUCAAGACUUCCCGGUUGAUGCUCCUUUAUCUAAUCACGACUUUGGGCACAAUGGCAGGCCCAGCAGGAUCCGAGCAACAUCUCAACACAUAUCUGGGUUACUGUCACACACUCGUGGGCCACCUCAUCCUGCAGCCAUCAAUAGAGUCAGUUCAGGCGCUCCUUCUUUUCUCAAUAACCCUUCGUCUCCGGGACCAACUAUCACAGGCAUGGGAUGUGCUCACGCUCGCUAUCUCCAUAUCGCAGACAUUGAGGCUGGCCCAUCUUAGUGCUCCCCUGCGAACCAUACAUGACAUGGCGUCAGACAGCGACAAGAAUCCCAUGCGCACAUGGUGGGCCCUGUACGUAUUCGAGAAAUUUCUCGCCUUUGACUCCGGUCGACAGUCCACCCUGGACGAUCCGAGGUUAUCAUCCGUAGGGCGACAACACCCAACAGACCCGAUGAAUAAUGGAAAGAUGCUGGUGCUUCAAGAUUAUGAGAAAUUCCUCACCAGCCUGGCAAAUGUAUUGCGCGAGAUGCAACAUCGUUCAUGGCAUACAUGGCGGACAGAGAGUCUAGAUACAACGAGCGACGCGGAUGCCCGGGCGAGCAAGAUUCGUACCGCGGGCGCAAUCGACACCUUGCUGUGGGAAUGGCGAAGAAGCCUGCCCUCUGAAUAUCAGAUCAUUGUAUUGAAUCGAAACACGCUUUUGCUGGAUUGGAGCGAGGUGAAAAAGGAGGUCGAUCGGUAUGGAUCUGGGGAACCUUGGCAUUUACGGCUUCGCAACGGGCCCCAAAUAUGUCUUGAGGCCGCGAAGGACAUGACAAACCUCCAAGUCAUGGUGACUGAGGCCGGUGAGCCCAGCUUUUUGGCCCUAGGCACCUCACCGCUAGCAGCGGCCUACGUCUUAGCCGUCCAUAUCCGUCUCCAGCCAGCCUCUAUCUUGAGCCGGGCACACUCUGAGCUUAUGAAGGCGGCCAUGGCUAUCUCGCGACAAAGAUAUUCAUCCAGCACAACUCAAAACUCGUUGCAUAAGUCGCUGGAUGCUUUAGAGCGCUAUGUCUCUCAAUUACUAGGCGAUACAGCCAUUCAGUCUUCAGUCGAGUUCAACACGGACCCUGGGGAGAAUAGUGUUACCACGAUGGCCAUUACGGAUCCAGCGCUGUCAAAUCCGCUCGAGCCUCCACCACUCUCGUGGGGAUCGUUCGACUUGCUGAGUUGGGAUUGGAAUGAACUAGUUCCGCAGGCCUAA